AUGAUUCUGGAAUUGACUUGGCCCUUAAUAGAGUACAGACUAUCAGCAGUGAGUUACUGUCGUGCCUUGUACCCAAACGCGGAUGCUCGUGAGUGGAUAACACCGUGGCCUGUCGUCCAGAAUUGGAAUUACGACAUGGGCACCUUCAAAUUGAGUCUAGUCUUCGACUUCGAGUUAUUGCAUACGUGCGAAUUCAUCCACAAAGACACCAAAGUUAUUGUUUUAGUAUUUCGGUUACCGCUAGAUAACAAACAUGGAGGUUGGCUACAAGUGGGCAGUAAGAAAACACUCUCAAAAGAAACGACACCGGACAAAGAAGGCUGA